CUUCUAGCACCACCCCCUCUCCUGUUCCAAGUAAACAAUACGGAAGUUGCCCAGAACUCUGCCUAUCAACAAGAAAGACGACAGAAAGGGUGAAGUCUUCCUGAACGAGACAUUAGCGAUGAUGGGGCCACUCAGCAAGGCGGACUGAGGGGGAUCUGGCUAGAUGUUUUUCCAUUCUAGUUUGCUUUCUUUUCACCAUUUUUGCUCUUUCAUGAGCACCUGCAUUUCAGAGGAGCACCUGCAUUUCAGAGGAGCACCAUCAUUUCAGAGGAGCAUCAUCAUUUCAGAGGAGUACCAUCAUUUCAGAGGAGUACCAUCAUCAGAAUGACUGUCUCUUUCAACCUUUGUGUCAUCAACAUUUUGUUUGUAACUGCCUACAGCAGCCUGGAGCUGGUCUCCAGUACUGCUCAUUGUGGACGAUCUCCCCAAGUCCUGGAGGCUGCGAGAGGAGAGAUCAGAAGCUUUGUGCACCGCAGCUCGUCCUACCGUCCUCGGCCCUUCUACUGUAGUUGGAUUAUCAAGGCGCAUGUAGGAGAGCCUGUUAUUCUCAGUUUCUCCCAGUUUUCCACACGGUGUAAGAAGGAAUGGGUCUCGGUGACGUCAUCGACUGGCAAGCCCAUUACCUUCUGUGGUUCCGACCUGCCGAAACCCAUGGAGUUGAUGGGGGGAAACAUUACAGUGACGCACCACUUCCUGCCACACUUAUUCCCUGUGUCUGCGUUCCGCCUGGGCUAUGUCAGAGACUCCGGGGACUGUACGGGUGUGGACUUUGAGUGUUUGGGCGGGCGCUGCCUGCCCCUGUCGUGGCGUUGUAACGGCCGGGUGGAGUGCCUGGGUGAAGGGGUGGGCCUGGGCAUAGACGAGCAAGACUGUGAUGGAGAGAUGAAGAUCCUGAAUCUGGAUCCUGAGCAUGGCAAAACAGUGGUGGCCACCACCACACCAGAGUCCUACAGGGCGCGGGAGACCGUAAGAGAGAAGAACAGGAGGAGUAACAGCAGAGGGAGGGAUUGGGAAACAUUAGGGAAGGCACCGGGCGAGCUGGAGAAAGAGGAGGAGGAGACCGAGAAGCAAGUAGACGAGAAUGGGGACCACACCAAGGAAAAGGAGCCAACCAAUCCUAUAUAUGACUUCUGGCAGUUCCAGGCUCACAGAGCCCACCCCAGUGUGACCCGGGCCCCCGUUGAGUGGCCCUGCGGAGGCCUCCUCCAGGCCUUCUAUGGGACCUUCACCCCUCCUUCCAUCAGGGGCCCCUCUCUGUUCUGUGUGUGGACCCUGGACCCACAGGAGUCAAGGCCUCUGAAGCUGGACCUGCGGCUGCUGGAGCUGGGGCCUGGAGACACGGUCACCAUCACUGACAGACAGCAGGGCACCGGGGAACUACUCAAAACUAUCACCAGCGCGUCCAAUUACAAGGCCAUCCAGGUCGAGUCCCGGACCGGCCUCCUCUCCUUGACCUAUCGUACGCUCCCCGGCUCUGAGGGGCUGGGCUUCAACGCCACCUACCGUGUCGGGGGCUACUGCCCCCCCUGGGAAGGUAAAUGUGGGGGUGCCGUGGGGGGCUGCUACACCCAGGAACAGAAGUGUGACGGGCACUGGGACUGUCCCGAGACGGGACAUGACGAAGCAGGGUGCAGGGGAUGUCCCCAGGACCAGUUUGCCUGUGGAGUGGCUGGGCAGAGGGCACUGCUGGCGGGGCAUAGGUUCCUAGGGCGUCCGGUGUGUUUCCCUGCCAAGGAGAGGUGUAACUCCCAGCUGUACUGUUCUGAUGGGAGCGAUGAGAGAGAUUGUUCUAUAUGUCAACCUGGGACCUUCCACUGCGACAGUGACAGGUGUGUUUUUGAGAGCUGGCGCUGUGACGGCCAGCUGGACUGCAAGGACGGGACAGACGAGCUGAACUGCACCGUGACCCUACCUCCCAAGGUCGUCACCUGCGGGGGCCUCCUCCAGACCUUCUAUGGGACGUUCGCCCCUCCUUCCAUCAGGGGCCCCCCUCUGCUCUGUGUGUGGACCCUGGACCCCCAGGACUCUAGGCCUCUGAAGCUGGACCUGCGGCUGCUGGAGCUGGGGCCUGGAGACACGGUCACCAUCACUGACAGACAGCAGGGCACCGGGGAACUCCUCAAAACUAUCACUAAUACGUCCAAUUACAAGACCAUCCAGGUCGAGUCCCGGACCGGCCUCCUCUCCCUGACCUAUCGUACGCUCCCCGGCUCUGAGGGGCUGGGCUUCAACGCCACCUACCGUGUCGGGGGCUACUGCCCCCCCUGGGAAGGUAAAUGUGGGGGUGCCGCGGGGGGCUGCUACACCCAGGAACAGAAGUGUGACGGGCACUGGGACUGUCCCGAGACGGGACAUGACGAAGCAGGGUGCAGGGGAUGUCCCCGGGACCAGUUUGCCUGUGGAGUGGCUGGGCAGAGGGCACUGCUGGCGGGGCAUAGCUUCCUAGGGCGUCCGGUGUGUUUCCCUGCCAAGGAGAGGUGUAACUACCAGCUGUACUGUUCUGAUGGGAGUGAUGAGAGAGACUGUUCUAUAUGUCAACCUGGGACCUUCCACUGCGACAGUGACAGGUGUGUGUUUGAGAGCUGGCGCUGUGACGGCCAGGUGGACUGCAAGGACGGGACAGAUGAGCUGAACUGUUCCGUGACCCUGCCUCGGAAGGUCAUCACCGCGGCAACUGUUGGCAGCUUGGUCUGUGGGCUGUUGCUGGUCAUCGCUAUGGGCUGCACCUGCAAGCUUUACUCACUGCGCACCCGAGAAUACAGUAUGUUUGCUCCAAUCAGCCGCCAAGAGGCGGCGCUGAUCCAGCAGCAGGCUCCUCCCUCCUACGGUCAGCUGAUUGCCCAGGGCAUCAUCCCUCCAGUGGAGGACUUCCCCACAGAGAACCCCAACGAGUCUUCCUCUCUUACUCUGAGAGGUAUCCUCCAGCUCCUCAGACAGGACACCGCCAACUCUCCACGACGCCGUCGCCGGCCCCGAUUCGUCCGCCGGGCUGUCCGUCGCAUGCGGAGGUGGGGCUUAAUCCCUAGAACCGCCUCCAGGCCCUCCCAGCCUUCCAGUUCCGCCCCCCAGCAGACAGAUCCCACCUCUACUGGUGCAGAGUCCAGUCAAUCAACUCCCACAACUUCCUCAUUGGCUGUGGAAGCCGUCAAUCUGCCUUUGCCACAGAAACUAGGCUUGCUCCCUCAGACGGUGCAGCACCCACCACCGCCGCCUCCCACCUCCCUUCCUCCACCCCUCGUCUCUAUCCCAGCCACCCCCCAGAGCUUCCCUGUGGCUGCCCCUCCCAUCCCCAGUAGCCCCUCCCUGGCCUCGCUCUUCCACUCUCUGGGGCGCGGUAUCUCUCGCUUCCGCGCCUCACCGUUCUCCUCCUCCUCCCCCACCAACUCCCUGCCCCUCUCCGCAUCCCCCUCUUUCUCCUCUUCGGAGGAUGAGGUGCUGCUUAUCCCCCUCUCGGAGGACAUGACCUCGGAGGAUGACGUCCCCCUGCUAACCCUUGAUCCCUGACCUUAUCCAAACCCCACCGCCAUCCCCCUCCCUAAAUGAUGUGCACAGUGCUCGCGCACAGGAUCACUGCAAGGCUCUCCCCGUCUCUGUGCUGAUGUAGUGCCUUUUGAAUUACAUUGGUUGGUUUUGACUGACUGUAGAAAUCUAGUAUUCAAUGCUUUUAUGUUAUUGAGUGUGGGACCUCCUUGAGAAAGUGUAUAUGUGUGCCUGCCUCUGCGUGCGGGUAGUCAUGAAUGUGUGUAGUCUGAAAGUGGUGAACUUUGCACAGAGAAUCUUCCUCCCACAUCCUCAUGCUCUAAUAUAUCAGCUACUGUCAAAUGAGUGAUUUUGUUUUUAACACAUGAAAGAGCUUGUCUUUAUGUGACUCGUAUGUGUGACUACGUCAUGUGUGUUUUAGUAUUUAUGAGGGUGAGUGGAGGGCGGCAGUGUAAGGGUAUGGAAGAUGUUCUAAUAUUAUAAGUUAUAACCCCCCCCCGUUUAAGUGCCUUGUUUAGAAGCUUCCUGCAUAUGAUGAAUUUGAAUGAUUACACACAUGCAUGCAUACUGUCACAAAUACGCUAUAUAUA